UGAACAUCCAUCUACACUCUCCUAAUUACUCCUACACAGGUCCUAUACACCAAGACUGAUGUUCGCGACCCUGUUGACCUGUGCCGCUUGCGCCUAGAUGAUUCCACCGUCAUCGGAGUCUCAGGAAUCGCCAGUCUCCCCAGACAGCGAAGAAACCAAGGAGGAUGAGAACGCGGUACAGCAAGAAAUUGAUUCUCCACUCAGUGGGGUUUCUCAGCGAUGCCCUUGAGAGUUGAUCUGCGGGUAGUGAGUGUGAAAGGGUGUGGACAAUGACUGUAACAGGUUGUGCAAGGUGAAGGAGGUACUGUGUGAUCCUGUUUGCUGUUCGAUCAGUGGGCGAGUAGUAUUUGGGAAACGAGUUUUGGAGGGAACUAUCACGAUUGCACGUUUCCCCUGGUUGCCAGGAAUUGUGGUGAGAAAUGCCUUUAUCGACAUAGAUGAGAGUGACAUGUCAGGCUCUGCUGAGCCGGGCUCUCCGGCCCACGUUAGCAGUCCGCCGGCCUCCACGGCCAGUCGAGCGGAUCCCUUGGUCGGCUUUGCAGGAGAAGCUGAAGGACAGUCUGAAGGAGCGCGCAAGAUGGAUGCAGACCAAUGGACAGGCAUGCUGCCACCGGAGGCAACUGGCAAGUGGGAUGUGUCGGAGGAUGUGUGCUCAUUGUCUUGCGGUGGCGCAGACAUGAAGCUUCCCCGUCCCGUCUACGAGAGGCUCUAUGAAUAUCAGCGCCAAGGGGCGGUCUGGAUGUGGAAUCUUUACCAAAACUGCUUUGGCGGGAUUCUGGCAGAUGAAAUGGGGCUCGGCAAGACUGUGCAAACUGCGGCCUUUUUGGCGUGCUUGAAGUUCACGAAUCAAGGAGCCCGCUUUUUGGUGGUUGUGCCAGUGACACUGUUGGAGCAAUGGCGACGAGAGUUAGAGACUUGGGCGCAAAAUACUGGCUUGGCAGUUCAUGUGAUGCACGGUGCACCACACGAGCGGAGAUCGGCAAUAAGGGGUUUGGCUGCUCGAAGUGGCGUUCUCUUGAUUUCAUAUGAUUUGGUUCGAACCUGUAUCCAUCAGAUUUGCACUGCUGGCCGGACAGAAGCAAGCGCCCUGCCACGAAAGCGGAAAAGAACCACCAGGCGUGGUUGCCGCGACGAUGACAGCCCAACUGAAGAAGAAGUAUCAGGGCCAGAUGCUUGUCCACCUGACGAACAGCAGCCCUGGGAUGUGAUCAUCGUGGAUGAAGGGCACCAAAUCAAGAACCCUUCGUGCCAGUUUGGUCGUGCUUUGCGCCGAAUCAAUGCUCGCUCUCGCAUAUUGCUUACAGGGACACCCCUCCAGAACAAACUUGGUGAUCUUUGGGCGUUGAUGGAUUUUGUACAGCCAGGUUUGCUGGGAAACCACGCCACGUUUGACAGGAAUUUCUCCGAGCAGAUUGCGAAAGGUUCCAAAAGGAACGCAUCACGUUUCGCAGUUGAACUCAAGGAUCACUUGGCUCGAGAACUGAAAAGGCUAACAGCACCCCAUUUUUUGCGACGCUUAAAAUGCGAAAUUGCGGGCUCCAGCAGGCCUGCAAUCCCCAGCGAAUUGCCGCCAAAGACAGAUGUGGUGCUGUGGCUAAACCUGACCUCAGCACAGAUGGAGUUGUAUAAUUUGUUCCUGACUACCGAGCUCGUGUGUAAGGCUCGUGGAGGCACGAAGUGUGGCAUGGAGGCCCUUCGGGCCAUUGCUACGUUGAAGAAAUUGUGUGGCCAUCCACUUUUGUGCUUGCCUCAAGACGAGUACAAUCAAUGGCGAGCUCAAACCUUGCAGGGCAGGAUUCCAGAUAUGCCAGAGCCUUCGAAAGAAGUCUCAGAUGAUGUUGCUACGCAAGAGGCACCAGAGUGUCGUGAGCUUUUGCCACGCCUUCGUGCGCUUUUGCCAUCUCCUCGGCCGAAUUCUGCACAGGGCGCUGCCUUACUGUCGACCAAACUCCGAGUGCUUUCUGUACUUCUGCCACAGCUGCAAAAAAGAGGCCACCGCUGCUUAAUUUUCUCCCAGAAUGUGAGGAUGCUCGAUCUGAUCCAGGGCUGCGUGCUCAGAGUCUUGGGUCUGAAGUUCUUGCGGAUCGACGGCAGCAUUGAUGCCAAGGAUCGGGACUUAAAGCUACAAAAAUUCCAGAGAGAUGAUUCCAAGUAUUUUGCUUUGUGUCGGGGCCCUAGAAUUCAGAACUUGCGUGUCGCAAUGCGCGAACUGAAGCAAGGUUUGAGUUUGCAAGUUGGUGGCACUGGGCUGACUGUCACGGGCGCCAACAGAGUUAUUUUGGUUGAUCCUGCAUGGAAUCCUUCAGCAGACGCACAAGCGAUUGACAGAGUUCAUCGAAUUGGUCAAAAGCAAGAGGUGGUUGUGUACCGCCUGAUCGGCUCUGGCGCAAUCGAAGACAAAAUGUUUAGACUUCAGAUCUUCAAAGGUGGCCUCUCCAAAACCUUCAUGGAGCAGGAGCAGCAAGUCCGGUUUUUCACUCACAAACAGCUGAAGUCGUUGUUCGAGCCUCCCAACCAGUCUAUGUCCACACAGUCGUUGAUGGCCGAACAGAUCGGAACGGAGGCUUUGGAGCACGAAGACUUGCUCAGAGUCGUUGCAGCAGAUGUUGGCAGUACAGAUGAUCCUCAAGCUUUGGCGUUCUGGCAGAGCUCUGAUGUUUUGGGCUUUUCUGACUACCAGAGACUUUUCAUGUUCCUUGAGCACGCGGACACUCCAGAACAAGAGGCAGCUGAACAGGCAAAAGAACUGGCGGCCAGGCAAGUUCACUCAGCUUUUGGUGCUUUGCUGAAGAGGUCUAGAGCCUCUCUCGAGGGUAUCACCACACAGGGUUCAAGAAGCAUUGGUUUAUUGUGUGACCUCGCAGGAGCUGGCACUUACAUUUAACACUUGCCCGGAUUGGAACCCCAACAUGCACCGAUGACUCUAACAAGCCCACACGUACAAACACACUGGACAAUUUUUGCUGGUGGAAGGAACGGAUCACGAGAAGGAAUCUACCAGCAGCAACCAGUCACCCAUGCGAGCGAUCACAGAGAGAACGCAACUUACCAGGUGAGUUCUUGCUUAAUGUAUAU